GACGGCUUGUGUGACUGAGUCACGAACCCACGAACCUCCCUAGACAACCCAGAUCAUUGCUCAAGGUAGAUUCAGCUCGAAUCGCCGCAUUGGUCAGUGGCCAUCAUAGCCAUCGCAAGAUUACAUGCCAGGAAACGGAAUUCCAUUGCCAUCAUGAGCGAGUCCAACGUCGAAGAGGCCGGCGGUUGGCCACCCGUGAAUCCGAUCGCUCCCCGCCCGCCCAAUCGACCCGCGCACGAACGCCUCUUAGACGAACUUCAAACCCGCUUAAGUCAAAAAGAGGAUCGACGCAAGUUCUUGCAAGAGCGAUUUCGUGGACUGCGGGAAGCCCAAACCCGCCUGAAAGCGGAUCGCGAACGGAUUGGGGAAGAGAGAACCUUGGUCGAUGACCGACUGGUGGUGAUAAAUAAAGAGGUCGAAAAUAAGCGCAAUCAGUUGCAAAAAUUACGCACCGGCCUCUCGUAUCUCCGUGAAGAAGAGAUACAGAAUCAGAUUCAAAAUUUGGAGUAUCAACUCCGCAAAAACCAUUACAAGCCCACGGAGGAGAAAAAGAUUGUCCUGGAGAUUGACCGUUUGAAUCGCUCCAAAAAGCAUCUGAAAGAACACAAUGUACUUAAGACGGACUUGGAUCGAUUGCGGCAUUCACAACGUGUCAUCCGAGAGCAACGCGAUCUACUCUUUCGGCAGCGCGGGGACAUUAAGGCCAAAGAAGACGGGAUGAAAAAGGACAUUAAUGAGAUCAAGACCGAGUUAGAUACGCUCAAAGUUGAAGUGGACCGAUUAUUUGGCGAUAAACGACAGGCUGUCAACGACUUUAAGACGCUAGAAAACGACUACAAGAAGUUUUUGUUCGAAAAACGCGAAGAGCAGAAGCAACGUCGAAAAGAGGAGCGACAAGCCUACCAUGCCGAACGUCAAAAAGAGAUAGAAGAAAUUAAAGCCAACGCUGAGCCAUACGAGGAGGAACUGAAGCUCAUUAGUAACUUAAUCAGUUAUUGCCUGCGGUUCGAAUUUCCGCCUCAAAGUGGCGGAACAACACCCGUGGAAUCGUGUGAGGGCAAUACCAAUUCCAGCAAUGGAAACGCCUUUCUCCAGGUGCCGGGUGGCACUGACCCAAAUAAUCCUCGAAGAGGUUCUCAUGAAAGCGGAUUGAGGAAGGAGAAAGACACUCGAUUAGCACCGGGAUCAAAUAAUUCCUCUAUUUAUGCAACGCCUCUAGGUGCAACGCCAGCUACCACCCCCACAGCUGAACAGAAGCCAGAACUUUUUACCACCUACAAAAAAGACGAGACAGACGAGACACUUUUUGCAGGCGUGUCCAAGAAACAAAACAAGAGAGCAUCCCGUAACGAAAGGCGGCUCUCUAAAGCCAAGUCUAUCACGCACAAUCCCGAAAUAUUUGCCCAAUUUGGAAGCUUCAAUCUGAAGCCGCCCGUGACCACUAAAGAAGUCCUAGCUGUUGUCGAUAGCCUCAAAGAACAACAGCGGGCAUUCGAGAAGAAAGCCUCGCAAGUGAAAGCAGAUCGACUCUGUGGUCAGAGAGAUUUGACAGAUACGCAGUCGAUGGAGCACAAUGCAAAUCAGGACAAAACCAAACAAAUUGCUGGAGACCCUUUGAUCGAAGAUUCAAAACCAUUGGAAGACCCCACGCCUCGAAACGUACCAAAGUGCCUCGAGUUGUCCACGAAUACAUACGAAACGCAGCAGUCAUCUUCGAAUCAGGCAAAGUCCAAAACCAACGCCCAAUCCAGCGUCAGCGCCAAAAGAGAAGAAAUGUCGAUAGAUAAUGGUGAAUUUAAUCUGGAAGAGGCGUUCCCUAGUUUGCCUGAACCCACCAGCGCUUCAAUACUGAAUCAACCAGGCGGAUUUUUUGGCUCUUGUGUUAAACAGAAAUCUGUAUCCGAAGCGAUCUCUGAUCGAACCAAGACUCUAAACCCCACUUCUGCAAGUCGAGCCGAUGUUAUUUCACAAGAAACCUAACGACACGGGUUCUGGUGGUGUACAACUAGUGGUGUGUAAUCCCCUAUCGCAGUAUUUUGUACAAAGCCGAUCCAAGUGUCAUAUGGAAUGACGAAGAUCUGGACAGAGAUGUUUGGUACUUACUCAACUAUAAGUAACACUCUUUAAAGCAACACGAAAUUGAAAAAAAAAAAACCACCAGUAUGUCAAUGAAUCGGAUGUCAAUGAAUCGUGGAUGAACGAAUCGGAAUGAAGGUGCUAUUCGUCGGCGA